AUGGAUGCAGCAGCAUGUAAAAAACUGUUCGAAUUGUGCUCACAAUCGUUGAGUAACACCGAGAAUGAAAAGUUUUUUGAAGCGUGUCAAUUACUUUGUUCAGUUAUUCCAACGAUAUCGGAUGAUGUUUUCCAAUCUUUACCGGACACGAUUCUUCUCGAUCCGCUGGGUAAUUUAUUACAAUGUCGCCUUCGAAACGAACAACGUGCUAUUCUUCUCGAUGUCUACGCUUGUCUAAUCGAAAAACAUAAAUCAACAGCAUUUCUUUGCAAACAUGACAAGAAAAGAUUCACACUAUUGGUACUCCUUUGUGCUGUUGAAGUGCGCAUGAUGGUAGAAAAUCCUCAAAUUAAUGAAAUUUUAGCACGUCAACAACAUUUAGCGGCUUGUUAUUUGAUUAUUGAAUAUACGAUAGCGAUUAUCUGUCAAUCGGAUGAAUUAACUGAUGAUGAGGUUUCAUCCGUUCUAUCGAAAUUACUAGAAAUGUUUCAUGGGUGUAUAUUCUUCGUCGAUCAAAUCAUCGAUAAUGUCGAAGAUAAACAAGCGUUUGACACAGUUCUUCAAGCAACGAUUCGAUUAUUAGGAAUAUGGCUCAGUCAAGAACCUGUCGCACUACAAAGCACAGUGCAACCUCGUCUAAACAAAUGGAUGCAAUAUGGACUGAAUUCACCAGCGUGUCAGGAGACUUUCAAACGAUUUCUUGAACCGAUUUCAAUAAAUUAUGAACAAGAAGAUGAAUGA